AGCAUAUUAUAGUUGUUAGCCAAGAUAGAUAGUGUGAUGGCUGAUAACACAAUGAUGGUGGAACGAAGACCUGACUCAACAAUGCGUUUUGGCGAGAAUAAAGAUCGCAUAGAAGUAUUGUCAGAAUCUUGGGGAAGAGUGAGCGUCAGCAACAAAAAGCGCAAAUGUUUUCAGUACAUGUUUGGUAUCUGUUUGGCUGUUCACCUGGUUCUUACUGGAGCUUGCUUUGUCUAUCUUAUGCAGAUAAACUCGCAAGUCAAUAUGAAUACUGACUCAAUAGUGAAGAUAAAUGAAGAGAGAAAUCAAUCUAUUGGAAGUUAUGUAGAGCAUUACAUAUACACAGAAAACGAAAAAGCACUCAGUGCCGCGGAAAAAGGUGAAAAGGGUAACAAAGGUGAAAGGGGGAAACAAGGAAUUAAGGGAUAUACUGGAGUUGGUCUUCCUGGCAAAAAUGGUGAAAAAGGGUGUAAGGGGCAGCGUGGGUUAAAAGGAGAUACCGGUUCAAUGGGUCCAAAAGGGACAACAGGAGGAAUCGGAAUGAACGGCAAGCCUGGACAAACGGGAUACAAGGGAGAACGAGGUAUCAAAGGUGAAAUCGGAGAAAAGGGUACCCAUGGUAAAAAUGGAAUAAAUGGAUUAUCAGGAAUUCCGGGCAUAAACGGCCAAAAGGGAAGUAAAGGUCAAGCGGGGACUAAGGGUGAAAAAGGAAAUAUGGGAGAAGUUGGUUCACGCGGUAUAAAAGGUGAAUCUGGAGCUCGUGGACUUAUCGGAUCUCCAGGACUGAAUGGAUCCAAAGGAGAACCUGGAGAAAAAGGUAGCACCGGACCAAUUGGGUCAAUGGGCCCAGUGGGACAUAAAGGGUCAAAUGGUACGUCGGGACCAAUAGGGAGAAAAGGAGACAAUGGGUUGACAGGGGCUCCGGGCAAAAAGGGAAUAGGCAUACAAGGUAUGAAGGGCCAAAAAGGAAGAAUUGGAGAACAUGGCGAAAAGGGCAUUAAAGGCCAACAGGGAAUUCGAGGCCCACCUGGAUUGAAAGGUAUAGUCGGAAACGACGGGCCAGUUGGCUCAGUGGGUUUAAAAGGAAAUUCGGGGAAAAAAGGAGAAAAGGGAAUGAACGGUAUGCCUGGACAAACGGGUUACAAGGGAGACCGGGGUAUCAAAGGUGAAACUGGAGAAAAGGGCAUUGCGGGUAAAAAUGGGACAAAUGGCUCACUGGGAAACCGGGGUGAAGACGGCAAAAAGGGAAGUAAAGGUCAAGCGGGGGCUAAAGGUGGCAUGGGAAAUAUGGGGCGAGCUGGUUUACGGGGUAUAAAAGGUGAACCGGGGCCUCUUGGACCUACCGGAUCUCCCGGAAUUCAUGGAUCCAAAGGGGAACCUGGACUGAAAGGUAGAACCGGACCGAUUGGGUUAAUGGGCCCAGUGGGGCAUAAAGGGUCAAAUGGUACGGCGGGUCCAAUGGGAAGAAAAGGAGAAAAAGGGUUGCCAGGUUUUCCGGGCAAAAAUGGAGUAGGCCUACAAGGUAUGAAAGGUCAAAAAGGAAGAAUUGGAGAACAAGGCGAAAAAGGCAUAAAAGGCCAGCGAGGAAUUCGAGGUCCCCCCGGAUUAAAAGGUAUAGUCGGAAGCGACGGUUCAGUUGGCCCCAUAGGUUUAAAAGGAAACACUGGUAAAAAAGGUUCUUCUGGAAUUGACGGUACGAAGGGAAUGAAGGGAGAAACGGGUCCUUCAGGAAGUAAAGGCUCUAUUGGCCCGAGAGGGCUCAAAGGAAAUAUGGGCCCUAAAGGUUUACCGGGGCUACGCGGCUAUGCCGGUCCAAAAGGCAUCAAAGGAAAUAGUGGCUCCAAGGGCACAUCCGGUAUUGAUGGGAUCAAAGGGGAUGCGGGAUUUAACGGCACAGAUGGGAACGAUGGGGUUCGAGGAAUAAAAGGAGAAACCGGAUUGAAAGGACAGAAGGGAAUAAAAGGCGAAAUACAAUCUUCGGCAAAUUUACAAGCACAGAUGGACCGCAUGAAAGAGCGGAUUGAUGAACUAACGGGUGUCAGAUUAGUUGGGCGGAGCGCCAGCAGUUAUGGUCGAGUGGAAGUGUUUCACGAUGGAGUCUGGGGGACGGUUUGUGACGAUUCAUGGGGUUUACCGGAUGCCAAAGUAGUUUGUCGCAUGCUUGGUUUCAAAGGAGCCAGUUCCGCACCCAUGUCAGCUCACUACGGCGCGGGUCAAUCCAGUGUGAAAAUUUGGCUAGAUGACGUUGGGUGUUCAGGAACAGAAAGUAGCAUAGGUUCUUGUUCCCACAAUACAUGGGGAUCCCACAAUUGUAAUCACAACGAAGAUGCCUCUGUCAAAUGCAUCACAUGAAGUUAAAUAAGAUCAACACAAAUACUUUUACAGAUAGUACGCAGUGUCGAGUUGAUAUACUAAUGAGUGAAAAAUAAACUUGUAGUUUCAAUAAUGAAUGCUUCACCAGACCUGC